AUGGAUUCUGCGGGAUUCGAAUCAUCAUUUCCAUCCCCGAGAGUACUAGAAGAUCCUCUGGCAAUGUUCUUUGACUUUGGAACGCCGGUUCAGGAAGCCCAGAAUACUUAUAAAAACACGACCCAAAGUCACGAGUCUAGAGGUGGUAUCAGGGUCUCGUUAGCAUGCGUGCCGUGCCGGAGUCGUCAUGUAAAAUGCGGAGCAGAAAUGCCUUCGUGCAGUCGUUGUCAGCAAGAUGAUAAGCCAUGCUUCUAUGCAAAGUCACGAAGAGGCAUGCGAGACAAGAAUGCUCCUCGAAAAAGAAACUCGGCGAAAGAGCAGUCUCGAGGACGUUCCGUUCGAACAGAACAAGGAGGAUAUUCUACUCCAAAGGAAAGUCAUGUUGGAAAUUCAUCCAGUGAAUUAUGGACAGGCGCACUUUCUGAUGCUUCCCUGAGCCCAAAUAACUCUUCUUCACGACUAGACAGUAUUAAGCCUGUGGACUCAAGAAGAUUGAUCGAUCUUUACUACAAUUUCUUCCACAAAGCCCAUCCUUAUAUCAUUCCAAAACCUCAUUUCCUGGGUAGACUGAAAUCUGAUCCAGACUCACUUGAUAACCUUUUACCAGUCAUGCAAUAUAUUGGAUCACUAUAUGCACCUGAUCUCCCAUCGGCAGAAUUCAGAGCUAUAGCUUUAAGCCAGCUAGAUCUUCCGAGUUUACCACAAAAUGGCUUUAGUGUUCAAGCUUUGCUUCUACUGGCCAUUGCCAUCCACGCAGAAGAUGAAAGAGGAAAGGCACGUGCUAUUUUAGAUAGGGAUAUAUGUAUGGCUUUGGAGAUCGGUAUGAAUCAUCAAAAUUUCGCUGGACUGGAAAGAGAUUCUGUAUUAGCUGAAAGCUGGAGAAGAACUUAUUGGGGACUCUUAUCCGCAGUUGAAACACACGUAGAUCUACCUUGUGAAGAUCACGAGUUUGAUAGUGGACAUAUUCCACGACCUCGAACCCUUUCUGAAUAUGAUUCCCGUGAUUUCGAAGACGAAAUCCCAAUCUUCUCUUCUUUUACAUACCUCAUUGACCUUGUCCGUAUCAUUGGCACCAUUCUUAGCAUCAACAAUAUCACAGGCAAGAAUCUUGAACCCGCUGUUACCAAUGCCGACGCUAUGCUUGUUAAUUGGAAACUUCAUUUACCUAUUGAAAAGCAAGGGGUAGUGGAUAAGAACGAGGAAGUAGAUGAGUUGUUAUUUCAAGCACAAAAUUUGUUACAGACGCUUUUAGUAGUCAUCCACCGCCGCCUUUCACGCCUCUAUCAUUCACCUCUUGAGAAAAUUUCCCGCUGCGCACGACCACCACCUACAUCUCCCCCAACUGACAACGAAGAUCUAACUCGCUGGUUGCACACCAAGAAAACCAUCGAAGCCGCUCAAACUGCUUUAAAUCUAUAUGCACUCCCAAGUCCAAUAUUAUUGCACACGCCACUAGGUAUCUGUGGGAUCACAAAGGCAACGCUAGCAAAUUUAAGCGCAUGUGCAUAUGUGUAUGAUAAUAAGGGAGAUGGAAACAGAGGUGAACGUGAAGGGAAAGAAUCCACUGAAUGGAGGAUGGCGAGAGAUAGGAUAAGAUUGGGAUUAGGCGCUAUUAAGGUAUUAGCAGGUGUUUGGGAGGGCGCGAGGGGAACGGAAAGAGAACUGAAGAUUAUUGCCAGAGGAGUAUCGGCGGAUACAAGUUUGGGUGUGGAGAGGAAUAGCUGGAGUACACCAGGAGUGAGUAGAGGAGCGGGGAGUAUGUCGAUUCAUGGGGCGUUUGCGGAACAUAGGGUGGAGUUUGAGGGAUCGGGUGGAGAUAUAAUGGGAAGAAGCUUUGAGGAGGAUUUUAGCGCGGGAGAUUUAGAGUAUCUGGGUAUUCUGAAUGGAUUGUCUAAGCCUCGCUUUGAGAUAAACGAGAGCUGGGUCAGGGCAUGA